AUGCCAGGGCGUCCUAUGCAGCGGCUGGCCCAACUAAACCAGGACGGACAACUAGACUUCUACAUCGAUUGUACACCCACACAGUGGCAACGCCCUACGUCUCCAUACAACACGCCCCAUCUGUACACCCCACUCAGCGCCAACACCCGCCUCACCAGCAACGCAGCAGAUGUGCAAAGGCACACACAGCAAGCAAAGUGCACGCACCCCACCCUGUGUAUGUGUGUAGCACGUACAGGUAGAGGGCUCUACACGCCUGCCAUGACUUCAAAAGGAACCACUCGUCUGAUCCCGAAUCGAUUGCUCGCCUACGAAGGCGUGCCACCAGACUACUAA